GUGAGUGUGUGUUUGUGUGUGUGUGCUGAACUGAGCGGAGGUGAAGAAGAGGAGGAUGAAGCUGGGAGCGGAGGAUGGGAGGAAGAGUGGAGUAAGAUACAGGCUAGCUGAGAGUGAAUGAGAGAGAGAGAGGAAGAGGAGAGGAAGGUCGACCGAAAACAAAGGCUUGGAUUUUUUGGGGAUAACCUCCGGAACGUUCCUAACGGAAACUUUUAACUUUUUACCCGCCAGCUCGGCUCACAGUGCCCGGAGCCGGCUUUGUUUCACGGCGGGGGUGUCUACGAUAAAUGAAGGAAUAAAAUAAACCCCAUCGACCUUUUUCUACCUGAGCGGGGAAUAUCCCGGGACUGCUUUUCUACAGGGGACGACAGGAUGGCGGCUAAUAUGUACCGAGUGGGAGGUAAAGAGUGUUUAAUAUUUUGAAGAACCCCCACAGCGUGAUUGUUCGUUUCUUUAGCUAGUCUCCAGCUAGCCGCUCAGACAGCUAGCGGCUAGCUGCUAACUAAUGCUAGCUCUUAGCUAACGCUGUACGUGCGUUCACUCUUUAUUAGAGGAAUGUCAAAUCUGUUAAAACACCCGGCCAUAUAACCAGAAUCAGCGCACUGUUAGUAAACUGCAAUUUAAUGGCUCGAAUCUUUUCAGGUACAUAAAGAAUAUUAACUUUGACAACAGAUUUGUGGGACUAGUUUCCUCCAACAAACUACGUUACCGACCGCAGGCGAUUCAGCACCGGUGUUCUGUUCAGUUCUGCUGCUUUGCUAAAUGCAACCGCAGCGCGAAUCCAUACCCAUCAAAAUACCGCUUUAUAUCACAUCCCCAGGGUAUAAUCAUUAUUUGCAAAAAGAAUAAUUACUCCUGUUGCACUGUCAGACCAAGAUAAUAUUGUUUUGGUUCCCUUUAUAUCAUCUGAAUUAAGAAUAUCAGAUAAAGCGCAUCUCAGUGGACUGACAGUAUACCCCCGUUUCUUAAUCUUCUGGUAUUACAUCACUCACUUUUUAUUUGCACUAAACAGGAUUAAAACUUGGUUAAGAACCGUGACAAAAGUCUCUAUUUACAUUCUGGUGACGCUUAUCAAAUUAAUGGAAGCAUUAUCUUCGUGGAUUUUGCUGUGCCCAUGUGCAGAACAGCUCAGUAGCGCAUCUCUCGACAGGUAGCACUAUUUAAUGGAACACCAGCUGUAAGUUCACAUUAAACUUUGACAUUUGAUAACAGCAGGGUGGAUUACUGUGUAGCAGAAUAAACUGUAGAAGUGGUUGCAUGUACGCCAAGCAACCAUAGUCUGUGUCCAGUUUGUGUUUAACGUCCUGGAAGUGAAGACAAUGCUGCUAAUACAUUACAAUGCUGUGCUAAAGCUAACUCCUUGCUAACGUCUGUACGUGCUCUCACUCGUCAAAGUAACAUCAGAUGUGUUCAAACAUCCAGUAAAGUUCCCCGACGGAGCCAGAAAGCACAUCAACAGAACUCCAACGUUAUGGCUUGGUUUUAACCCGGUUGUAGUUUAACUAAACCAUAUUGAUUCAUGUACAGUACCAACUUUGACUUCAGGUAUCCUGACAAGUUCCCUUUUAAAAACUACGACAGCGUAGCACCGUCUAACAGCUGAAAAAGUGAAUAUAUCAAACAAAAGCAUUGUUAAAUGUAAUAACAGCACAGCAACAUUCAUUUGUUAUCAGUUUUCAUAUAGUCUUUGAAGGGAACACAGUGUUGGCUAAGUAAAAGCUGCUAGUUUUAUCUGCAGCUAGCUGCUAAUGCUACCUCUUCUCUGUAGUAUUAUGCGCGUUCACACUUAAUUGCAGACAAACUAAAGAAACUCCAACGUUAUGACUGAGUACUAACGAGCUAUAAUAACACUAUUCAUGCAUACAAAACUCAUACUUAUGGACUUAUCGGUCUGUACAAGCAUUGAUAAGCACAAGAAUCAUAAGAUAAACACAACACAGGGAUAAAACCACUGUCGUUGACAUGUUCAAAGUAGUUAAAACACAAACUUAUUUGCUCUGUUGUGUCCAAAGCAAGAGUAAUACCCUGUAUCAGUUAAUCAACACAAAUAAGAAAGGCGUGAAACACAAGAAAUAUAUUAUAAAGAGGUUUAUCAUUGCACUUAGUAAUCUUUGUAACUUAAAAACUUUAUAAAUGUAUCCUUAAACUCCACUAAAAGCUUUUUUUAGCAGUAUGAAAUAGAUUACAGUUCAUCUAUGUAAUACAAAACAGGUGGGCGAGGAAUCAAUCCAUCACAAAAAUCAAACAAGCUCCUGCACACGGUCUAACUGUAAAAUAUUAUUUGUUUAUGUAAUUUUAAAUGAGGGAUUGACCAAUUAUAAGUCUUGGCUGAAUAUCUGUCCUAGUAUUUGGCACUUGGCUGAUUAUCAGUUAAGGCCUUUUAUUGCACGGAUGGCCAAUAAAAUGAACUUAUCAAAAAGUCCAUGUAGAUUCUCACUCAUCCAGGUCAUGGUUAUCUUGAAGACUCCUAAAACAGGCAACUAGACUGUGUAGAGUUGAGACACUUUACACCAGUGGUUCUCAAGUCCAGUCCUCAAGGCCCACUGUCCUGCAUGUUUUGGAUGUUUCCCUGCUCCAACACACCUGAUUCAAAUGAUUAGCUCGUUAUGAAGCCAUUACAGAGCUUGAUAAUGAGCUGAUCAUUUGAAUCAGGUGUGUUGGAGCAGGGAAACAUCCAAAUCAUGCAGGACAGUGGGCCUUGAGGACUGGACUUGAGAACCACUGCUCUACACAGUCCAGUUGCCUGUUUUAGGAGUCUUCAAGAUGACUUAUCGAAAACUGUGCUACUUUUGCUCAUACUUCUGUGUCUGUUUUCUUGCACUAUUCCGUCUCACUGUCACUGUUGUCAGACAUGCUCAGCGGAAAAUUUCAGGGCCUCCCCCUCGGAAACGUACCUGCCUGUUCUGUUCACACAUACAUCCUCACAGUAUGAAGUCGCAUGGUUGGGCGUGGGGGGCUUUGAGGAGGCUGAUCAUCACAUCAAAUAGACGCUGUGGUAGCCAUGACAUACAGCUCACUGGUGUCAUUUGAAGAACUUGGUGCAUGUCUGAAAAGGUUUUGACCUCAAGAGAUUUUCUCACAAUUUUUUGUUGGAGUUUGUAAUUUUCCAUAGACAAGGAUUUUUCAUUUCUACUGUUCCAAAUAUCAGUUACAUAAAACAGCAUUGAAAACCAGUAUAGGUUGACCCUGACUUUGAAUCGUGAAUUUGGGCAAACAUUUGCAUGAGCCCUGAAAAGAUUUAUCUUGAAUGACUUUAUCAUUUCCAAACUGUAACAUUACAUUUUAAAGUUACAUAAAAUCUAUGCAGAAGUCUGCUUGAUACUUGAAAUGUCACUGCUCCAGAUUGACCCCCACCACCCCCACCCCCAAAUAAGUCUGGUUUUAGCAUUCAGCUAAUAAUAGCAACAACUGUCAAACUGAAGCAGAGCCCAUUGCAUUCAUAGGUUCAUUUAAUUAUAACCUUCGCCAUGUUGUUUUGUAUGCAACUGUUUGUUGUGCUGGCAGAUUUAAUUGCUAAGUAGCUCUUGCUAAUUGUGCACAUGUGCAAAAGUGUAAAUCAGUGUGACAGCUCCAGGAAUCGAUGACAAAUGAUUGGUUGGUUCAGAAAAGAGCGUGUUUUGGAGGUAAGAUAAUUGCAGACAAAGCGCUCACUUCAGAGCUUAAAGUCGAGAAAACAGCUGAGAUAGGGAGUUUGCUAUUGAUUGGGCUUUUCAUUUGAGCAUAUACUGUUACUACUUAACCACUGGACGGAAACGCAGCACCUUGGCUAAAUAUAUUUGAUUGAACAAUCAACACCGAAGCGCAUUGUUAAGUACCAUAUGUCAUUUAAAAUGGUGAAAUGAGUGUUCCGUCACCUAACCUCUUUUCUUAAUCUUAGUUACUGGAGCUUGAAAAAGUAGAAACAGCUGAGAACCACAUGUCCUCAGCCGUUUUUUUAUUGAUCCCGGUUCAUGCCCAGAUGUACCUGUGCCUUAGUGUGUGUGUGUGUAUGUGUGUCUGUGUUUUGUCUCUGGGCAUUGAUAUUGAUGUCAGGACUUGGUGUUCCUUCUUUGAGUCUGCUGCUGUAGCUGAACAGACAGUGGGACGGGCUUAUCGCUGCAUAAGGUCAUUCAUCAGCGGGAUAUUUAGGCCAUGCUGAUUAAACAUUACUGCUAAAUAUGAAGUAUGCAUAGAGCUGUGCGAAACGUAUGUGCACUGACUUGAUCAUAUACUAGAGUGUGCAGUAUUUACUUAAGCUGCAUGGAUCGUGCAUAGAGGAUACAGGUAAAUAAGUCAGGCUCUGAUGUUCAUUUGGUGCAUGAUACAUGGUGUGACGUAUGUAUAAUGUAGAGCCUGUUAUUUUUUCAGUGCACCAGAGUCCUGAGAUCUGUUGUAUUCAUGGCUGCAGUUAUUGGCUGUUUUUCAUGGGAUUAAUUACGUAUUAUGUAGAUUUAUUGACCUGCUGUAAACAAACAUGCAGUAAUAUGUGCAUAAUUUAUCUCCAAAACCUGAAAAUGAUGUCCUUAAAUAACUAGUUAAAUUCACAAGUCCAAUAUUUCAGUUUGCCAUUUCAGAAGAGGAAAGAAAGUUAAAAAAUAUUCGAAUUUGAUAAACUGCAAUGAGAGUUUGAACUGUCUUUUGCCCAAAAUGAUCUGUUUUAUCAUCAAAAACAGUUCUGGCUCUUGCAGUGCAUGUCAGCACCUGUGUCCACUUGGCCUGAGAGCAGUCUGUGGCACCUUUUUCUAUUGGUUCCAUCUGUCUGGAUCUUUGUUUGUGUUGUGCUUUCUCUCAGAUCUGCAGCGCUUUGCACAAAAGUGUCUGCUGAAUAAAAUUGUAGGAUUUUAUAAUGAUUAAGAUUGCAGGAAAUGAUAUAAUAGUUUACAGUCUAUCAGCGGAAGUUUUGAGUCCCUAAACGUCUUUUCAAAACACUAAAUGUAGCUGUCUUCAGGUUUAGUCUGAUAUAGUUUCUUUUCCUAAUAAUCCCUUUUGUUGGUGUCAUAGUUGAUCUUGUGAAUUUGCUUGGUAACUUGGUUCGUCAUAUAUAGUGUCACUUAGCAUAGUGUGUGUUCUUCCUGUUGGUGUGUCUCAAAUCGCAUACUUCCGCACUAAAUAUUUAGAUUUUUCAAAUUGAGUAUUCUAAGCAUACUAUGUACUCAAUUGCUUAGUGCUUGAGUUUCGAGGGUGCAGUGUUGUGCCAAAUCGCUUACUGCCAAGCGGCGCACUCACCAAAAAUGACGACGCGAUUUCUUCUUCUACGCCAAUUUCUCACCGGCUAGCUCUGCAUCAGCUAAUUACCGCAGCCUUUUGCCUGCACUCGUUCAUCCGCUUUUGAGGCAAAAUCAGCAACAAAAUUAAUGUUCAUCGCUCAUUUUUACACCACGGGUAACGCUUCGGAACCUGACGGCUACUAGUUAACUAGCUAACGAGCUAACUAGCAUUCGUGAUAACGUUCACGGUAAAAGACAAACAGGUUACCCAGGUUACACCACAAAUAUACUCAAAACAAUAAACGCUGGUGGUGCUUGGUGGAAAGAACAUGUGUAAAAUGUGUAAAAGGCAACUUAUUACAUCUGUACAAAGCUCCCAGGUCGACCGUAGCCGACCCACUGGCACCACAGCUGUCCACAGCAAUUCUUACUGAUGAGAUGAGUGCGGCGAGUGUCCACAGUCUCAUACUCAAAAUCUUGACCGAUUUGAGUACAUCAUCCGGGUACUUUUGCCUUCUCAAUUUUCACAUACUAUCCAUACUUUUUUCCAUUUUGCGUUGAGUAUACUCAAAAUUUUAGGUAUUUGGUACUGGAAGUAUGCGAUUUUGGACACACCAUGUGUUUGUGGGGUCUUUCUGUGUGAGCCUUUCAGUUGUACCAAUUCAUACAAAUAUAUAUGUUCGUGUGACAUUUAAGAGAAUGUUUUUAGAGUAGCAGAGUUUUUUUAUUUUGCAUUAAAAUAGUGUUUUUUGGGUGGCUGGAAAUGCAGAUGCGCCCCGCGGUGUAAUCUUUGCUCUGAUGGUGUCUUCAUGGGCUCAUAUGUGUAUCCUGUGAGAUGGUGAUGUUACCGUCUCAGUUGUAUUGAGAUCACAGUCAAAUACUCAUGUGUGGCUGGGAUUAUAACAGCAUUAAUGAGAGGCACACUGGCAAUCAGAAGUCUUAUCCAUCUUUUUCUUGGGUCUUGGUCAAAGCCCAAACAAAGAAUACAGUUUAGAUAAGUCCAAAAAUGAGAAAGUAAUCGAAACCUAAAUCACAAAUUAGGGGGAAAGAAAACUGAAAGAAUUUCAGGCUGUUGUGAUAAAUUUUACAAGAAGACUGUGACACAGUUUUCUGAUGAGGGACCAUGCUGCUUAAGCAGAGACAAAGCUUUCGUCUGUAUAAGCCCACAGUAUCAUCAUAAGGAAAUGAAAUGCUAGCUGGCUGGUUCUCAUCCCAUUUGUGGUCUCGCUUUCCACAGAUGAAAAUACUGUGUAAUUAAGCAGCGCUCAAAUCAGAUGGUUCCUGUACCACUGUGGGUCUUUGGUGGGCCUGUCUUGAAGGGUCCAGCUCCAGUCUGUUAUGCUGCGGCCUCCUGGGUGUUUCAGGCCGAGUUUCUCUUUGCCAGCCUGCUGGAUCAUGAGUGUUUGCAGGAAUUUUCACAGCGGGAAUUCAUUGUGAUGAAGCCAUUAAAACAUUAGCGUGUAAUGCUAAGUCCAGCCCGUGUAAUCAUACAGUUAGCAACAAGCGUAUGAUUAUGUAAUAACUCAGAAAUGUAUUUUUAAGUAGCCCACACAGCAGUGAGGUUAAUAAGUUGUUUGUAUAACGCAGGAAUAAUCAUUAAGAAAUGAAUUAGCUCUGAUUAACCUGUCCACGAAUUCAGCGCUCAGUUCGGGUUCCUAUUAUUGCGGUUGGAAGGUGCAGGCGGUUCCUAACAAGCGCCAAUAUCAGCGUCCUCCACGAGCACACAGUGUUCAGCCCGCAUGUAAGAUCAUUAUCCUCCCCUGAGAUUAGUCAAAGGGCUUCCUCCUCUUCAUUCACCCUCAAGCAGCAGCACACUGCACCACUCCUGCCACGUACAUCCACAACAAAACACUCUCAGCCACCUCAGCACACACACAGACACACAGACACACACACACACUCUUUUUAUAGACCUUCUUUCCACACUUAAAUCUGAACAUUAACAUAAAACCCCUUCAGAGGCAAUGUGAUUAUGUCGAAUGCAAGCUUCAGCUGAGGCGAGCGUGUUUUUUUUAUUUUUUUCUUUGAUUAUUGAUCCAUCACCCCCUCCUUAGUUCUGCUGGAACAGGAUCAGUCUGUAAUGUGUCCCACCAGGCAGGAUUAUAAUAAAAUAACUCCCCCCCUUCCUCUAUCACAACGUCUUUACAGCUAGCAUUAGUCAUGUCAGGCACAUGAGAGUGCACAUCCCAUCUCGGCGCUUCUGUCCGGGUUAUGUAAUGUUCUGCUGCUCUGUUUCUUCACUGUGAACAAGGAGGUGAAGCCUCUCCGCUCGGGCUCCCCAUCAACUGUGCUAAGUAGAGCAAGAAAUCCUCUCCCUGUCUGAAUCCCCGCUCUGCGUCUCUGCUCGCCGUGGAAGCGUCAGAAGUCCUCCUGAGGCUCUGUGUCCUCGCUCGUGGGAGGACCAGAUGGAGCCUGACGUGAAGCUGUGCAGAGCGGCAUCAAACGGCACAACAGAAGCUUAGAGUCUGUGAUAAAGACUGGCAGGUUCCAUCAAUAUGCUGUUUAAAGGCUGGAGUCUCUAUUAAAGCUGUCAGCAGCUGCUGCUCUCUCAGCACUUCUUCUCCCAAUCUGAACAUAUUUACCCAAAGUCAUAAAAACAAUCACUAAUUACUGACUGUUUAAAAGUAAAACAGCCUCUUAAAUAAGAACCAGUCUAAACAGCGUUUGCAUAAAUUACUGAGGGAUGCGCAUAAAAUAAGAUUAAUAUUAGAACACAUCUCAUUGCUCUUUAACAUGUAAGUGCUGCAUAAAUGAGAGGCUGUUAAGAGUGGAAGAUUUUCUUUCCAGCUGCAGUGACAGUCUGUGUCUUUUAAAGCUGUUGAAUCCUGUCAUGUUGAUUUGAAAAUCCUCUUCAUCUUUGCAUUUUCUUCCUGCAAAUCUGCAUGUAAAACAGAGAGAGACCAGAUAAUCAGGCUGAUUAUUGGUGUUUUGACACAAUCGGCAUUGCGAUGACCUCAGCCCUCACAAGGUCGAUAUUGUCAUUGUCCUUUUUGAAGGAAUAACUGCAUACUAAAUAGGGCCGCUAGAUUAUGGCAAAAAUCCUGAUCACUUUUAUUAAAUUAAUAGUGAUAUAAAGAUCAUAAGAAGCAGCUACCUUUGAUUUGACAUCUUCAUCACACUUUUACUAAACUUAAAACUCCUAAAAAAAACUCUUAAUACUUAGAAAAAUGCCUAAUUAGUUAAAAAAAGGUUUAGCCCACCUUUUUGUUUUCCACACCGUGUCUGUCUGACUAAAAAUGAUAAAUCAUAUGUACUUCUACUGAAAGGGAAAAUACAUCACUUCAAUAGCUUUAAGAGCUUUGCUUGAGUUUCAGUGAUAGUAUUCAGUUAAUUAAAUGUUAAAUGUAGUUAAGUACUUCAACAUUUUUUGACAGGCUGCAAACAAAUCAAGAUUUUUACAUCUUUUAUGAGACUUGUGUUUUUUUGUUCUUUUUUGAUUUGAAUGAUAUAUCUCAUGUUUUAGCCCCACAUUCAUUAGCUCAUUAGUCCUCGUGGCCUACAACAUCUCUCUAUUUGUUCAUGCCGUCCUUUGUCUUAACACAGUGGUUCUCAAGUCCAGUCCUCGAGUUCCCCUUGUCCUGCAUGUUUUGGAUGUUUCCCUGCUCCAACACACCUGAUUCAAAUGAUCAGCUCGUUAUCAAGCUCUGUAAUGGCUUAAUAACGAGCCGUUCAUUUGAAUCAGGUGUGUUGGAGCAGGGAAACAUCCAAAACAUGCAGGACAGUGAGCCUCGACGACUGGACUUGAGAACCACUGCCUUAACGCACACCCGCCUCCUCCUGCUCCUCUUCCUAUCCUCCUCUCUCCCUUUCCUGCUCCUCUCCCUGCUCGCCUCUCUUCCCUUGCUCCUCUUCCUACUCUCCUCUCUCCUUCCCCUGCUCCUCUCUCUGCUCUCCUUUCUCUUCCUGCUCAUCUCCCUACUCUCCUUUCUUCUCCUCCUUCUCUCCUCCCUGCUCCCCUCUCUCCACUUGUAGUUGCCUGAUAGUUUGUACCUGUUGUUCAGUGUGUUGUUGUCGUCGAUACAGCAGUCUUCCAUUAAUCUUAGCAGGAGCUACAACUUCCUCAUUCUCCCAAACCUUGUUUCUCGUUGAUCUGAGCAGCUUAUGAUGAAGUGAAAGUAAGAGUUGUUCGAGGGGAGAGGUUGCACCCACACUCUUCUUUUAAAAAACAGAGGUAGGGAAUGCUUCUUUCAAUGUAUAGGAGAUAACAGCAGAGAAUCAGUUCCUCCUCACAUAAACAGCAGGAGUAUAACGCUAUAUAAAGUAUUCGGUUCACAGUACACUUGUGGUGCAGUAAGGAAAGAGGAGUGUCUCAGUGGAGGGAGGGACACACAGGCUGCACACACAGGCUCGUCUGUAGCUUUAGAACAACUCAUGUCAGCAGGUAGCAGUGAAGUCGGUUGACCUUUGACCUUGUUGGGCAGGUGCCACUUUACUCUGGCUGACAUCUGAUUGGAGUGUGAGCCAGACCAUCUGUAGGAGGAGUGUUGCUGACAGAUUACCAACCACCCUCUGUGUGUGUUCAGCUGAAUGUGUACCUGUUCAGAUGUAAUACCUAAACUCACACAAAUAUACCAUAUCUGGUUCUAACAGGAUUGACCUUUUCCUGCACCUGGAGCCUCCCAGUAUCCUCUGCCCUUUCAUUUCACUUACUCUUCACUGUUACUAAUAUUCCUCCAUCAAGUGUGAUCCGACUCUUAUUACCCAGUGUUUAGAGCUCGGUGAUAGUUUCUCUCAUGUAUUUAUGUCGUGAAGGUCGGCCUCUCUGUGUCCUGCUGGCUCAUCUCAGCGUCAUGCUGCUCUGAGGCAGCCUGCUGACCUCUUCACCUUCAAAUGUGACUGACAGGGGUCUUUAAAACCGCAGACUCAAGAACUGCUCGGCACGGUAGACUACAAGUCAUACUUAGAAAUUAGAGAAAACAGAUGAUGGUAUUGUAAUGUGCUACCGUUAAGUAAGAAGACAGGUAAUGCUGCUUAAUGAGGUCUGGAUUCCGAUUGUAUUUCAUUGUCGUUUGAUUCAUAUUGAUUUGAUGAGGUAUUUUUAGUCACAGUAUCAGUUUUAUUUCAAUAACAAAUAGAUUCUGACCUCUUGAGAACCCUCUAACCAUACGUGUUGUUGAAUAUUUAGGUUACUGUGAAAAGUUGACCCCAAGGUAGUAACAUGAGUGUACUAUUUAUUUCAUCAAACUUCAAACUCUCAUGCAGAACGUUCUAUAAAACUGAUGAUGCUACACCCCAUCUAUUGAGGUGGCUUUACUGUGUUGUAGAAUAGUAAAUACAGACAAACAGUGUAUCCACAAUAUUAAUGUAAGCUCUGACAGACCUUCUUGUUAGUUCUUAAACACACCUAUCAAUGUUUUUACAAUAAAAUGAUGCUUCUCUCUCUGCUUUCUUCUCUCCUCCUUCUGCUUUUCUCUGCUCUCCUCUUACUGCUUUCCUCUCUCCUCCUGCUCCUCUCAAUGCUCUCCUCUCUUCUCCUCCUGCUUCUCUCUCUCUGCUCUCCUCUCACUGCUUUCCUCUCUCCUCCUCCUGCUCCUCUCUCUGCUCUCCUCUCUUCUCCUCCUGCUUCUCUCUCUGCUCUCCUUUCACUGCUUUCCUCUCUUGUCCUCCUGCUCCUCUCAAUGCUCUCCUCUCACUGCUUUUCUCUCUCCUCUUCCUCUCUGCUUUCCUCUCUCCUCCUCCUGCUCCUCUUUCCUCUCUCCUCUCUCCACCUGUAGCUGCUUGUUAAGUUGUACUGGUGCUGUGCAAUUUGAUUUUGCAACAUUCCACUAAAAGGUGAAACUGGGAGCUGUUUAAGGGGAGGGGGAGUGUUCCCAAAAAUGAAUCACAUAGCAUAAGAUCAUAUCAUGAUGAUUUCCUUAUGUCUUAAGAUUUUGAUAUGAUAAGUAGAUAGUAGUUUAGUUGCUUAAGCCUUUUUUUUUAAUCUAAAUACAGUUACUGAAUGUGAAGUAAUACUCGAAGUGGUCGUGAAGUAAAUGAACCUCUGAAAAGCAAAUGUAGGAUGGAGGUUAGAAACAGUCGGGUGAGAGCAGGAGAAGAAUCCAGCCUUCAUGCUUAAGCGUCACUGUCUGCUACAUGCUCCUUUUUGCAGUAACUGGUUGUAGAUGAGUCUUACUCCAUCCCGUCGAUCAUAUCACAUGACUCAGUCUGCAGCCCGGUGGAGCUCACGUUACACUCGUCCAUUUACUGAGCUGGCAGGCUCUGAUUCUGUUAACAGCUUCUCCCUGCUGUACAGACAGGCUUCAUGUUAGGGCUGAGUGUCAGGCUGAGAGGUACCUGUCAGGUGAGCUGAUCGCUGUCCAGCUCUGCCAAAACAUUUACACACAGUGAGCAGAAACAGAAACCACAAAGGAGGUUUGACCAGAUGUUGUUUCGGGGCUCCUGAGAAAAAGAUUUCAACACACUUUUAUUUUGCUGGAGGUUUGUUGAUGAAUGUGAAUGAAACUUAAAUCUCAUGUUUUUCUCCUGUUUUUUUUUUUUUUUGCAGAUUACGUGUACUUUGAGAACUCCUCCAGCAACCCGUACAUGAUCCGCAGAAUAGAAGAGCUCAACAAGGUGGGUCUCCUGUCUCUUUGCCUCACACUUUUAGUUCCCAUCGAAAGGUUGUGUAUGUUAGACAUGGUACUAGGGCUGGGCGAUAAACCGAAAAUUUACCAAUACUGAAAUUUACGACAAUAAGCGAUGUCGUUUUUCCCAUACCGGUAUGUUCAGUGUCAAAAUAAAUAAAUAAAAGUUGGUUUUGGAUGUGUGUAGGUAGGCUAUGGUCUCAUGUCCCUUAAAGACGCUGUCCAACAUCAAAGACGUGACUCUACCCCAUCCAGUUUGUAACAAAGAGGGAAAGACGGUUCAAAAGUUGUUGCAGCUGAAGUAGACAAAGUUAAUGUUGGAGGGGGUGAGCAGCUUGUGGAGUAGUUAUCGUCCAUUUAUCAUUAUCGAGGUGAACUGCUCAAUAUAUCGUGAUAUUGAUUUGAAGCCAUAUCGCCCAGCCCUAGAAGUAAUAAUAGAGUGAUGCUGCCGUAAUGCAUCUAAAUCACAAAACAGUCAUUUAACAAGAUAUCAGAACAUCUGAUUUACUGACCAAAAAGAUGAGGAGCAGGAUUAUUGUAUCUAUUCACAGCACUGUGGUCUCACUGAGACAACACCUGUGGUUAUCUGCUGCCAUUAAGACAUUUAAAAUCGUAUCCUCAAAGUAUCCUGACUAAACUUUAACAUAGACCCGUCAGUGAUAAUAAACCAACAAAUGUCCGAGAUCAUUUUAAUGCUCAAAAUGGUCCAAAAGUGUUUUUUUUUAACGUUAAAUAAACAUUUACGUUAAAAGUGAAUGAAAAGUAAAAUAUUUAAUUAACGGUCUAUCAACACACAAUAAUGUCAUAAUAUAUACCACAUAUCGCAGUACUGAGUCACCCUGAAACACCACAGGAGAAACUUCCUCACUUUGACAGUCUGAGCUUUCAGAAAAGAACUGAAAAUGAUUCGUCUUUGUCCGCUAUGCUUCAGCUCUUAGCCUCUUUCACAGCUCUCCAACUUUUCGCUUUCUUCUUCAACUGUUAUGCACAACUUCCUCUUCCUCUUCUUCUUCUUCAGCCAUUAUUGAGCCACAGUUAACUUCUAUUUAAAUUCUUCUCAUAUCAUUAGCACCACAAGUCACUGAGUAUAAGUAUUGAAAGCCGUUACCAGUGCUGAAUUUACUCACUGAAAAUAUCAAUACUUACCCCCGGUGGAUCAGUGUUUGCGUCACACAGGUCAGGACAGGGAUUUAUAACUGUAUCGAUAUUUUCCUCCACCCCUAAUUUUCAGUCCAGUUUAUGCUUACUCUGCUAUUGUUUCUGUGAUGAGUGUUAAAUGCAGUGUUAACAGAUUCUGAGGAGGUUAUGUGGGUCAGUAGAGUUAAGUUAGUGGACGGGUGAUCAAUUAAAGGAUUGAAGGGCAUCAUGAUUACGAAUUCAAGAUCUAUUAUAAACAAAUUAAUGCAGUUUUGACAAAAACAUAAAUCCUGACAAAAUCUGCAAAGUAAGAAACUGAACAAGAUAUUAAAAGACGCUCUGAACUUUCGUUAAUCCUUUUUAAAGAAGACAAAAAUAUGUAACGGCUUAUCUUAACUAUCCCCUGAAGGUAAAUUACACCUAACACCUUUUAAAAGACACUUUCUGCAGCAUAAUCAAAACAGUUUUCUCAUCUUUCUCCGGCAGAAACGGUGAAGACUGAAGAUGUUAAAAGUCUCAUUGGAGAAGAAUUUAAACAUGAUUAUUUAAACGUGACUAUGCUCAGCGUUUGUCCACGCCGGGUCACGGCCCUCUGCAUGCAGUCACCUCGUUUCACACGGCUGCCCUUAAUAUGACAUGUUGACAUCGAUAAUAUGAGAGUGCAGUGCUUCCCUUAGCCUCUCUCCAGUGUGACCAUACGAUUCAAAUCUUCAUCUAAGAAGUGAUUUAAAAGAUGAACAAUUAAAGAUGUCACCUGCUGGAGGUGUGUUUUCAGAGGGUCAGAAUCAAACAUCAGGUUUUAAUCAGCACACUGGACACACACACAGAGCAUGUCCUGGCCUCUGUUGGUAAAUUGUGGCCACUGGGAUGACAGGACACUGGUACAGGAGCCUCUUAUAUAACAGCAACAGCAGCAGCAGCAGCAUAUGACACAGGCUUGUUUCCCAGUCAAAGGAUUAAGCUCAUUUAUGUAACACUCUUAUUUUGAAGGGCUUGUGCUGAGCACCAGGAGGACUGCAGGACUCCUGAGUGCUAAUGGCUGCUCAGCACAAUGAAUGGAGGCUAACAGAGGGAGACAGUGAGAGCGUGGACGAGUCCAAGCUCCAGCCUGUAGCCCUGUGUGUGUGUGUGUGUGUGUGUGUGCACACGCACAUGUGUGUGUUGCUUCCCUUCUGUCUGAUCACUAUUAGUCCAGCCAGAAUAAAAUCCCUCAUCGUCUUGUAAAUCCAUUAUUUAUGAUAUGAAAUCUGGUGCGAUUGGUUUCAGUAUUUCAGAAGUGUUUUUAUCAUUCAUUUAUCAUUAUAGUUCUAAAGAAAUGUGUAUGUAUUAAGAUUAGGGCCCAACUGAUAUGGAUUUUUUGGGGCUGAUGCCGAUUAUUAGGGGGGAAAAAAAUCAGAAUCUUAUUCUCCGCAUUUUAUUUCUGAAAAUAUUGGCAAAAAUCGGCAAGUUUUGGCCGAUUACCAAUAAGUCUCAAACGGGCUAAAAUUGGCCGAUUUAAUCGACUCACCGAUACAUCGGUUGGGCCCUAAUUAAUAUAUAAAUAUAUUACAGCUGAGAUUAUAAGGAAGCAAAAAUAAUUAGCAGACCUGAGAUUUGUAAUGAAGGGAGAUGGUCCUGUCUGCACAGAGCAGAGAAGAAAACAAACUCUCCUCUCUGUAUAAAGAGUUGAUUAUAACCAGUGCUCUGUGUAGAUAUAAUGGGAUAAACAGACAGUGGCAGCCUGCAUCUGCUGAUAGUUCAAGUGGAUUUUACCUCCUGUUUAUCGUGGCUCGCUGAGGUAAAAUGCAAGGAACCAGAGUAAGUGAAAGCCCGACUAAAUGAAGUGAAUGUGAAAGAAAACCAAUGGUGCCUCUGUUUUAAACUCUCAGUGUAAGGUAUGAAAAAUAUGUGUAAACCAAAACCAGCUGAAGUCUGUUGUCAUCUCGCUAACAUGUACCUCUCCUCUCCUCUCCUUUCACAGACGGCCAAUGGAAACGUGGAGGCCAAGGUGGUGUGUCUGUUCAGGAGGCGAGACAUCUCAGGAAACCUCAACACACUGGCCGACAGCAACGCCAGUGAGUCCUGAACCCCGCUCGCUCUCUCUCUCUGUUUGAUGCUCUGUGAUCCGGCUCGCUGCUCUUUAACGGAGACGCUCCUCUUUGUGUUUCUCAUAAAAAAAAACCUCAGCGCUCCUCUUCAGCUUUUAUGGAGUAAAAUAAAACAGGAACACUCAUAGGGAGGAAGUAACACUGUGACUUCAGUCUGACGCUUGAGGAGAGUGAUAAAGAGAAGAAAUUCAUGUACAUUUCAGUUUUAAGCCCAGUGCAAACAUUUGAGACAUUAUCUUUAAAGUGAUGAAGUCUUCAAACUGAUUUCUGAUUUAACCAAAAUUGCAGUCAUGCAAGUUUAAAUCUAUUUAACCUCUUAACAUUGUAGUUCAACUUUAGUCAGUGUAAAUGUCCAAACUUGAGUCCUUCAAAGAUAAGUUCACCAAAUUCAUCAGAUUUUUUCCCUUUUUAAAAUCAGAGAUCAAAGUCUAAAUCUAAGUGUUUCCUUCUCUUCAUAACUGAAAUUCAUUUAUUCAUUCAUUCAUGUUCAUUUAUCUGAUAAUUCAAAAGUCUCUGUCAAAAACAACAGUUAAUUAAACACUGAAUUACUUGUCUGUGAUCGGAAAAAUGAGUUGCCUAUUCAGCCCAAUAUGAAUGAUGCGAAGUCAUUGAUUCCUAUCACUCAACUUGACUACUGCGGUGUGGUGGCAGUGUGUAUUUCUUAUUGAGUUAAUCAGCUUAACAAUAAGAUAAAACCGCAGAGUUUUCCAUCACUUCUCCGGGCUUGGAGAGGGUUUUAAAUUGAACGUUCAAAUCCAAAAACCAGACGAAAUGAACCGAUGAACAGCAGCAGUGAACGCUUGUUUCUCUGUUUCAGCGGUGAGAGUGGCAGGUAUGUUUGCUCACUUUCACGUAUAACGCAGUUCUUCAUCAGGUUACAACAAAUAAGGUCUUUGUCGCUUCAAAUGUAGGGAGACAUCUUCACAACAGUGCUAUCUAUAUGUAUUGAUUAUGGUUUCUGCCCCACCUUGAUUCAGCCAAUCAGAUCAGUUUCUGUCGUUCUGUGGGUGGAGGUGGUGUGUGUGUGUGUGUGUGUGAUGGUGCUAAUGACAUACAGACUCCUGAUCUCAUUCAGUCAUUACCCCACCAGCAGCUCCCUCCUCCUCUUCCUCCUCCUCCUUCUGGCCCGCAGUGCUUCAGACAAAGACGUCUUUACACACACACACACACACACACACACACACACACACACACACACACACACACACACACACACACACACACACACACACACACACACACACGUACCUCAAGAUGGAAGCUGUUUCUUUGACUGUACUCAGCAUCACACACAUAAACAAGGUGUUACCUCGCUGCUCUGUUUCUGUUAUGAGCAUGUCUGAGAAUUCACUGAAAACAGCAUUUGUAUUUUUAUCCUGUGCUCAUUUAGUGAGUGCUGCUGAAGGCUGUCUGCUCUUUUUAAAGGUUUUAUACCAAACAUUACCAUCAAACAAACAAGGCUAUUAUUAUUGGAUUCAUGGCACAUUUAUCAAUAUUUUCAACAAAGCAAAUGGAUAUACCAUGACGACUUUAUGUAGCCCCUUUCACAUCUGAACUGCACUCCAGAAAAUUCCUCAAAGUCUUUUGCAGAAUGAAAAUAUCUGAAUCUGUUUUUACCUCGACAGUAUCACACCUUUCCUCCUGCAGACGCCUGUAGAAAGUCUGUGAACACAGCAGGUAAUAUUCUUCCAUAUUUCUGUCGAGCGAGUGGACAGAGCCAUAACAGAUUAACAGUCAGUUUGUCUCUCGGACACCAAAAACUAAACAGAGACAUUUGUAUACUGAAAGAAACACAGAGAUAAUCUUCUGCUGCUAGAUGCACAUGUGAAAAGUGAUCCUGCAAAAUAUUUGUGCCUGAAUUUCCCAAAUGAAAAUAUCAAGAGUUGAUAUGUGAAAAUUACUGCUUUGUUGCCCCAGUGCAGUCAGAUUCACACAUGCACAAAACUUUUGAAACUUCUGGAAAUUUUCAGGCUGGUCUGAAUGUGGAGGCUGUAGUUUCAGGACUACAACUCUGGAACUGCAUUGCUAGGUGCCUGUAUUUUGCCAUGACAGUUAAGGUAAAGGUUAUACCAAGUCCCCAAAUCGUUGCACCGAAUCUACUGUCUAAAGGCUGUCCAACACACGAUACUCCAUCAGGGACAUGUUGGAGGCAGCUUCUUCAAAGUUUUGCAAAAUUUUUAGAUAUGCAUGUUUGAAAGAAGAUUUGGUGCCUUUGAAAACAAAGAUACUUUACUGUAGGCUUUAUUCAAAGUGCUACCCUAAAAAAUGUACUUUUCAGUUACCGUAUAUUUCAGGCGAUGCGACGCACCGGAUUUUAUGGCACGCUGUGAAUGAACAUGUCUACGUUCACACAUAAGGUGUACCAGAUUGUAAGGUGCAUUAAGCAUUAGUGCAUUGAUUGGUUUAUUGUUGCUAGCACAUACUCUGGGUCUGGGCUGCCUUACAUGAAUGCACUUCUAGUUUAGACAUUACAGUCAGGCAAUCUGGUAGACUGCUCAGGGGACCUAAUGGUGCUGUGACAGCAAUGCGAUUGAGUUUGAGACAGUGAAAAUACAUAUGGUAUGUUGUAUCUGAACAGGUUAGCUUACAAGCUAAAGUUACUUAGCACAGAUAAAUGUUAAAACAAAGACGUUUAGCAAACUGUUAAAGCACACAAACCAUCGUCAUAUGAGAAAUCCGACACUAUGACUCUCCACAGGUUGUCCUUCAGGUCGUUAUCUUUGUAAUGUUUGUGUAUUUUAUCAAAAAGCACUCUGUUCUCCGACACAUGAACAAUCAGCCGGUCGGCCAUGUUGGAUAUACCAGUGAAUCUGACGUUGCAACAACACGCAAUCUGAUUGGUCAGAAGUGGACACACAGUAUGCAAAACUUUAGAAAAAUUGACCAUGAUCCAAAAAAAUAAAUGCCACAAUAUCGCAGGACGGGAAAACGUCGCUGAUGUGAACACUUGUAUUGACAGGAUAUGGGUUCGGAAAAAAAUAUUGACAUCCGAAAUAAUCGCACGACAAAAACGGUCCCGGUAUGAAAGGACCUCAACGUCUGAGCUACAGCACUAGUCGGGACUGUAGCUCUACUGAAAGUCUACUUCUGUAAUGUUUUACUACCUGGAUGUAAUCGAGCACAGAUGACAGAUGUCCUCCAGUAACAGGAUGGUUUGUCAGUGUACUGAUCAUAACAUGCUGAUCAAGCUGUAGGCUGUGUCUGGUGAAAGAGUGACAAGCACAGGCAUGAGGAAGGAGGACUGGAGGCUGGUGGUGUUAGCUCUGCAGAGGUUAACCACAGGCCUCCAACCACCGUGGCGUCAUUUACCUACAGACUGUGCUUAGCCAUGUCCAAUCAAGUGUAUUCUCCUCUGACGGUUACUUCUACACCCAUAGCCACUUCAGGUUUAAAUCCACACGACCUGAAAAUAAAUCACUUUAGACUGUCGUAGUUAAACCCAGGUCAUGUUGGGGUUAAAACCAGCAGAGAGCUGUUUCUCAGGUUUUUAUAUAGCCGUGGUGUUUCUGGGUUCUUUGAUCAAUACUUUUAUGAGCGAAAUGUGCAUAGGUCUACUUCCUGGAGUCAAAAUAAAACAGUGUAACUAUAAAUAGUGAAGUCGUUUUAGCUUGAAAAGCCACCUGACCCCGAUCUGUAGACUCAGAGUCUUUUAAGGCCUGUCAUGAUCCUCCAACACUGAUGAAAACGUGAACCUGCUCCCUCUCUAAAACAAGAUCUAUCUGCCUCACUUGAUGAUGUUCCUGAUCUCCUCCUUCCUCACUUCCACACUCAUGCAGAUACACACACCAUCAUUUCUCUGAGCAGAACAAAAGGCCCUUCAUCUCCCCCUGAGGGCCACGGCACGCAACGGGUUAAUUCAGACUCGCCUUGUGUCUGUCGCUCCUUUUUUGUGUGUGUGUGUGUGGUUUCAUCUUGUGUGUGUAAGUGUGUGUGUGUGUGUGUAUGUAUGUGUGUGUGUUUGAGGAUUGAGUUGGGGAUACAUGUUGGGGGGGGAUGGGCGCCUCAGGUUUGGUACACAGGGUUUCCUACUUUGUCUGGCAGGGACCAGCCGGACAGGGGGGAGGGGGGGUUAGAGAGGUUAACAGAAAAGGGGUGUGGCUUAAGGUCCCGUCCCUCUCCCUCACUAUCUCUCUGCGUGUCGCUCUCUCUCUCUCUCUCUCUCUCUCUCUCUCUCUCUUGCCCUCACUGACAGGGUUUCCUGUGGCUGAGUGCAGGGGCGGAGUCCACGGAGACGAAGCAGUCUAGUCCCGCCCCUCCAGCUUGCAACAAAUUACUCACCCGCCUGAAAUUAGGAAUGCGCAAUCUAGUGGCCAAACGCACACUUACACACACACACACACACACACACAUACACACUCUCUCUCUCACACACAGAGUUGGGUUCAUUUUUUUCUGAGCUCUUAUUGGCAGAAAACUCGGGUCACAUGAUAAGAGAAUGAUUGUUUCACAGUCAGAUCCAUUAAUAAGUGUGUCUGCGCUGCAGUGGGUGGUAAAAUCCGGUCUGCAGCUUGGAUUCACUCACUUUCACAGAAGUCUGAGAGGGUCAGUCCUGGAGUUUGAACCUGGGCCCUCUUUUGACUUAUUUCAGGUCCAAGGACACACACACGUGUGGUCAAUGCAACAUUACAGAGGCAGCAAUGGGCCUGCAACUAUAUUUGCUCCGCAGUAUUUGAGUGUUGUUUGAAUGACUUUGAAAUCAUUUGAGUUCAGGACCAUUCAGAAAGUGCUGUCACUGAGGUUUAAUGGCGGUGGUGCUUCCUUUAGGGGUUUCGCUGCAGACUUUAGAGUGAGUUUUGUGGCAGUCAGCUGAAACACUGUUCUGAAUAAGGUCACGUAAUCGAAUUCAACAAAUCAAAGAUGACAACCUUUUCGUAAAACUAGUUUUUAUGAAAGUUAAACAGUAAAUGAAGUCUUUAAAUGAAACGAGGCUGGUGGUUGUUUGUCAACCAGUCAACUGUUGACUGUGAACAUGCUGUUGAACACUGAAACUGAACACAUCUUGCAGUUUGUUUGAUGAUGACAGACCAUGUCUCUGCUGCCUCUAUAACCACUUCUUUAAAAAGCAUCAGUAACUCUGUUUUACUUGUUGUUAAAUUGUCCUUCUUCGUUGAAACUUUGCUCCGGUCCCCUUGUCUCCCCAUCUUUUAUCCUCCUGGAACUGAAGCAGUGAGUCAGCUGGCAUCUCACUUAAUAGACGAACGGCACAACUCACUGUCCAGUAGAUAAGUAAGAUCCAGUAAAUAUACGACAAUCCCUCUUUUUUCAGACUAAUUAGUUAGAAAAUAAACCACACAGAAACCAUCUUUCCAAGCGCUAAGAAAACUUUUCCUUUCUUGAUCCUUAAACAAACUCCAAUAAAAGGCUUUACUGAGGUUAAAAAAUAUGUGAACUGUGACAGCAGAAAGUGAAAGCAACAGCAGCAAAGCGAAACAUUAACUCAGAGGCAAAUAAAAGGUCAGUGCAUAAGAUAUAUGAACACGGUAGCCUGAGAGUUGAAGACAUGACUAAGGAGACAAGGCUUCCCGGGCAGAUUUUCUCGUUGUCCCUAAAGACUGUGUGUGUUGAUUCAUUCAUGGAUAGACGUUUUAAUAAAACCUCGUCUACUUUGGUGUUGUUCACUCUGAGUGAAAGGAGGACAGACUCACUUACAGUAAACCAGAAUCUAAAAAUAAUGCAACCUCACCUAAACUACAUUUACAGACACAUGCACAUGUGCAAUCAUCACAUUGUGAGGGGAGUCAAUUAACUCAAAAGCCAUGUUGCAACUUUUUUUCACACAUGCUGCAUCAAAUUACAGGUAACUUUUCAAAUUCUGUCUCUCAGGUAAUUAAAGUUUUGAACUUUUUGAACUUCAGACUGAAAACUUUGAAUCUUGUGUUUGAAAGUCAGACUUCAGACUCAAAAGAGCAGCUAAAUGCUAAUAUAUUGACACUCAGAGGAUCAAAGUUUCACUCCAAAAAUGUAUUAGAGCUAAUGUCCUCCAAAGUGAUAACUGUGACCACCAGGGGGCAUCUGCAGAUGUCAGCAAAGGUUUCCCCUCUAUUACAAACUUAUACUACUGUGUCUUUGUAGCCCAUAUAUCGCAGAUCAGUGCUCCAGUUCCUCUGUGUAACCAUCAGACUGUUUGUGUUUGUGUUUCAGGAGAGUUUGAGGAGGAGUCGAAGCAGCCGUCUCUGUCCGAACAACAAAAACACCAGCUCAAACAUAGAGAACUCUUCCUGUCCCGACAGUUUGAAUCUCUACCUGCGACUCACAUACGGUACGUCUGUUUAAACUCCGACUGAGCUGCAGGCCUACGCACACAUACACAUGCACACUGCACAGGUGUGUUAGUGCAGAAAAUAUAUUUAAGGUUUGCAAGAUGUGCCACAUAAAAAUAAAACACUGUGUAAAGAAGACAAACAUAAAGGAAAGACAAAUGCUAAAUUAGCUAAACAGUUGAAAAAUUGCAUCAAUCGCAGUUUAGUUUACAACAAUACUCACUGUAUUGCUAAAUGUUACAAGUUGCAAUAAUAUUGAAUCGUGGCCUGGGUAUCAUGAUAAUAUUGUAUUGUGGCCUAAGUAUUGUGAUAAUAUUGUAUCAUGGCCCAAGUAUCAUGAUGACAUCGUAUCGUGGCCCAAGUAUCGUGAUGAUAGCGUGUCGUGGCCCAAUUAUUAUUUUAAUAUUGCAAUAUAGUGUAUCGCAAUACUCACUGUGUUGCAAAAUGUAAAAAAUCGCAAUAAUGUCGAAGGGUGGGCCCAGGUAUUGUGAUAAUAUUGUAUCGUGGCGCAGGUAUCAUGAUAAUAUCAUAUCUUGAUCCAAGUACCGUGAUUAUAUCGUAUUGCAGCCGAAGUAUCAUGAUAAUAUCGUAUCGUGAUCCAAGUAUUGUGAUAAUAUCGUAUUGUUGCCCAAGUAUUGUAAUAAUAUCAUAUGGUGGUCCAAGUAUUGUGAUAAUAUUGUAUCAUGGCCCUAGUAUCGUGAUUAUAUUGUAUUGCGGCCCAAGUAUCAUGAUUAUAUUGUAUCAUGGCGUUACUGGUGAUUCCCACUCCUAAAACACACGAUCAAGAUUACGAUGGUCAUGAUCAGGAAAUGAGUGAGGAUGAUAAGCGGUUAUCUCAUUUUACUGUUUCCAGAGAUCUCAGGUUCAGUUUAUGUUGAAGCCUUUAAUCAACUGCUUCUAAACCCAACAUCGAAAAACAGGAGUGUGUAAGAUCGUGUUUGAAUCUUUAUUUGUAGAACUCUGAAUGAAUUUGGUUUCUGUCUUCAAACUGUCUCGGCUCAUUUGCAGGUCCGAUCAUUUAAGUUCAGCCGUCUAAUCGCCUACAGAGGCGUUUUUGUUUGUGAUGUAGUGUGACGGUCCAAAAGUUUUCCCCUCAGUGCAGACUCAACAGACUGACUGACUUUGGAGCAGCUGAAACUGUUUUAACAGACUCUUAAAACAGCACUCUGUACUCAAAUCAACCUGACAGUAUCAGUUAAUGUUUUUUUUUAGGGAUGGUCUUGGAAAAAAAAUCGUCCAAUAUUGAGUAAAUUUCUUUAAAUCAGUUGCACAUUGAACAUUUAAAGUAGUUAAUAAAGAAAAUCCAUCUUUUAUUUACUGUUUAAAAAAAAGCCUGCAGAGUUUUAAGAAGAGAAGUUCCUGCAUUGAAGAUAUUCUUUCUGAAAAAAUAACAAAGCGUCAAAUAAGAAAAGCUUUCUGUAAUCUGUGUGUUUCUUACUCAAGGGAGUUUCUCUUUUUUUCUUUUUUUUUUUAAAAACUCUCUUCAACAUUUGUUAGUAAUCUGACUGAAGUGAAUCCUGCUGAGAGUUUUUGUUGUCAGGCUGUGUGUUUUUUCUCAGAAUAAAAAAAAACAAUAAAUACUUCUUCAUGCACUUAGAGCAAGGUUUGAGUGCAGCGGUCUUCAGGAGAAAGAGACACAGUUAAGAGUCUAACAGACUGAGCUUUGUAAAAUUGAUGGCUUCACCUGUUGUGUUGCUUUAAACAGGGUUCCUACGCAAGAAUGGAAAUAAAUUUGAUCAUUUUCCAGUUAUUAAAAAGCAUGGAAAAUGAAAAAUGAAGUAUGGAGAAAUAUUUAUGUUUCCAGACUAUUACCACAGUCCUAAAAUAAUGUUUUCUAAAGUAGAAAAGUAGGUAUUUCCAGAAAUAUUUCUAAAAAGUGAAGUAUGGAAAUUCCAAUGUGUAGAAACCCUUUUUAAAUGAGAGGAAGUAUACAGGGGUUGAAUUAAACAGAAAUCUAUUGCUCUCAGUGCAGCUUAUAUGAAUACCCUUAUAAUCGUGACUUUUUCUGAUCUGUAUGUAAGUAUCGGCUAAUAUUUGCAAAUUUGAAGGACAGCUCGUGAGUAGAUAAUGUUUAUAGACAGUUGAACAGGAAAUGUAGAAGGAGAAGUUGAAGAAUAACCUGAGAGGAACAAAUCAUGUCGGGACAGAAAUCAAACCUACCUUCAGAGAGAGGAGGAUCGUAGCCUCUCUAAACCAGCACCUGACUGAAGUAAUCCCAUUUUAUCUUGAUGGUACAUUAUGAAGUAUAACUCUGACUGUGAAAUAUCAGAGACAUGAAACAGGCUCCAGACUGAGCAAAGGUCCCCAAUCAUCAGGCCUCAGACCGGUACCAGGCUUUGGACUGUAAAAACCAAGUCAGAACCAAGAGGGUGGCUGUAAAUAUCACAUCAGUGCUGCAACUUUUCUGAAGAUGACCAACUUUUACUCCUCAUCACAAGGGAUUUUAUAUUUUGGUGAGCAGCCGUGUGUCCAGAGUGGGAGGCCACUGUCAGUGAGCUGGUGAGGAGAAAACUUCAACUGGAGCUGCUGAAAAGAGGCCCAAAAACAGCGGGGGACUCAGACUCAGACACACCCAGCUCUGUGAUCACACUGGUGGUAACUUAAGACGUUAAAAAAAGAGGGACCACCUCAUUUUCAAACCUCGCUGACCAGCUGAGAAACUGAAGUACUCACAAAGAAGUAACACAAAAAAGGCCAAAUGACUCAGUUGUAAUUUGUCAUGGUUUAUUUUUGUCACCUUUAACACAGCUGUGCUGCCUGAAGCUGCUUUGUUGUUACUGGAUGUAUUUCCUCCAGUUUUACCCCUGACUGUGGUGAGAGUGUGCUCAUGUUCCUCUGAGAUGUCCUGGUGUUUAAACGCUCCUCUCUGUCUCCUCAGGGGGAAAUGUAACGUCACCCUCCUCAAUGAAACAGACGUGUUGGCUGGAUACCUGGACAAAGAGGUGAGGCAGCACCUGUUCACUCGUCAGCUGAAACAGAGACUCUAGAUGUGCUGCAGGACUUUGGACAUCAUCUGUAAUCCCUGUAAUCUGUUUAAUCUGUGCAGGACUGUUUCUUCUACUCACUGGUGUUCGACCCGGUCCAGAAGACCCUGCUGGCUGAUCAGGGAGAGAUCCGAGUCGGCUCCAAGUACCAGGCAGAGAUCCCUGACAUGCUGGCAGAGAGUGAGUCCUGACACCUGUCUCUGUUUCCACCUGUAAUUUAAAAGCAGAGACAGUAAAGGUCCUUUUUUUCCCCCUCUCAGACGAGUCAGACACCCGGGUCCAGGAGAAGCUGGAGACCAAAGUGUGGGACCCCAACAACCAACUCAAAGACCACCAGAUAGACCAGUUCCUAGUGGUGGCGAGGUAACAACCCCCAGGCCGUCUGUCACACUGUUGCAUCAUCAUCACUAGAUCCUGUUGCCAUGACAACUUCAGACCAGAUUUUUAGAGGAUGUGCAGGAAUUGUCAACAAGUCUGAUUAUCUCUCACAGGCUCAUAAACAUAUCUUUACGUUGUAUAUCCGUAUUCUGACACGAAUGCACAGCGCUGUGAAAACGGAAAGUGAACACGCAGGAAGACGUUUAAAUUACAGCUCAAGUCCAUCAUCAGGAAACAUGAAAGAAGUCAAAUCAAGAAGAACAAACAAAGUAGAUCCUGCAGAUGACACAAACAGCUCUGAAACAUCGAUGUUUGGUGGAGAUAAGGAUGAGAGACUUCAAAGUGCGGUUUAGACAUCUGUGGACACACAGAAAAUCAACAAUCUCUGUUUUUGUUGAGCACAUGUACAGAAAAAUUAAAGGAAUAUUAAUGUAGUAUUUUAGUCUGGUGAAGUUUAGACUGAGUGUGUCGGCUAGGGAAGCAGUGAUUGACUAGUUUGACUCUUAACUGUACUUUGAAUAAUGAUGAUGUUUAACCAUCGACUCACUGAGUGUCUCUGCUCUCACUCUUCACACCAGAGUCUACAAUCAAAUGCACUCACAUCUAUAUUCUGUUUUCUUUGUAUGUCUGUUGUGUUCUCUCAUUUUUUUGGGGGGUAAUACAAUGUAAUCCUGUUAAUUUGAUUAUUAUUUAGUUAUACAUGACGCCCCCACCAGGAUUAUUACUCAGACUAUAACUGAACCAUCAAAUUCUCAGACCACUGUGUUCUCAGUGUCAACACGGCUGAUUUAAAUAAGAAGUUUGUAAUUGGAGGGAAUUCUCAUGGAUGAGUGCAUGUGUGAAAUGCUCCCCCUAGUGGUUACAUCUCAAGGAUGCAAGGCUGCACACGUUUCCUCUCUAACAGUGGUUCUCAAGUCCAUACUCGAAGCCCACUGUCCUGCAUGUUUUGGAUGUUUCCCUGCUCCAACACACCUGAUUCAAAUGAUCAGCUCGUUAUCAAGCUCUGUAAUGGCUUCAUAACGAGCUGAUCAUUUGAAUCAGGUGUGUUGGAGCAAACAUGCAGGACAGUGGGCCCCGAGGACUGGAUUGAGAACCACCGCUCUCUAAACAUUGAAGCUGCCUUGUUGCUCAUGAUGAAGAUUCCUCUCACCGCUCCUUUUUCUUAUCCUUUCUCAGGGCGGUGGGGACAUUUGCUCGCGCUCUGGACUGCAGCAGCUCCAUCCGCCAGCCGAGCCUCCAUAUGAGCGCAGCAGCAGCCUCCAGAGACAUCACACUGGUGAGGGCGCUGACCGUCUGGUUUUCAGUCAAUGCUACAUGACUGUCUGUUUUUUUAAAAAGGCAGUUUUACAAGCUUCAGGUUCUGUAGCUGUAUUUUUUCUGAAAUUAAAAUCAAGUUCACUGCAGCAAAACAAAAAAGAAAGAACAGGUUUUUUUAUUUUUGGCUGCAUAUUUAAAAAUGCAAAAACUACAACUUCUCUUCUAACAGAACUUUGUUUUUAACUCACAGACACCAUCUUGGAGUGAAAAUUAUACAGUGUUCAUAAUCCAAAUAGUAACAAUUGAAUUUUUAUAACUCAUUGAAGGACGGUGCUUUGACAGACAAAGCAGAAUAAAUGAAAUUGAACAGUAGAGGAUAAAUGAAGUUUAAGUCAGAGGCAGAAAAAUACAAGAAUAAAAGCAUGAAAGGACAAAACAAAGAUUUCUGUUGAAAACACAUCUAAAUAAAAUCAGAUUACAAGAUAAAAAAAAAGGUAAAAACGGUCUAAUUAAAUAAAACUAAGUCUGUAAAAGUGAGUUUUAAGAAGUGAUUUAAAAACUGUGACUGAUCUUGAAAGCCUCACAUCCUCAGGGAGGUCGUGCAAAGGUCAAAGGGUCUGGUUGGAGAAGUUCUUAAGAUUUGCGCCUUGAAGGUUUCAGCCGAGGAUUUACAUGUCAACAUAAACAGCUAAAUUCUUACUUCAGUCCAUAUGAAUUCUGCAGAUUAUUAGCAGGAAUGUUCAUAGUUAGCGCUGUGGAUGAUUUCAGGAUAAUUACCAUUUAAAAAAAAAGGUUUCUGGGCCUUUGACAACCAUCGGUAAAAAUAAUGAUCGUCAGUCUCAGCUGAUUCCUCACAUUGAGAUUUCCAGUUAAAAGUUGUCCAUCUGGUUAAAUGUCUGUUUGUAAAGCUAACAUAGAGUAUAAAUGGUUAAUUUAAGAAUAAAAAACAGUGGGGUGAAUAUUUGAACAUAUAGAUAUAUUAAGAGUGUGUCCAUGAUCAUAUUAGAACGAGUAAAAUCACAUGUCACGUGUCUGAUGCUUCUCCUCUCUACCUUCAGUUCCACGCCAUGGACACUCUGCAGAAGAACAGCUACGACCUGGCCAAAGCCAUGUCCACGCUGGUCCCCCAGGGUGGGCCGGUCCUCUGCAGGGAUGAGAUGGAGGAGUGGAGCGCCUCAGAGGCCAUGCUGUUUGAGGAGGCGCUGGAGAAAUACGGCAAAGACUUCAACGACAUCCGUCAGGACUUUGUGAGCUCUUCUCCUCCUUCAGGAUGUUUCUCAGAAGUUUUUCAGCUCCAUCAUGAUGCAGUUAUUCAUUCAGCGUUUUCUUUCUGUUUCCCUCAGCUGCCCUGGAAGUCUCUCGCCAGUGUGGUCCAGUUUUACUACAUGUGGAAGACUACAGACCGUUACAUCCAACAGGUACGCCUGCAGUCACACUGUCUUUAAAAAAAAAAAAAAAAAACUCUUCUCGACUCACUUUGACCUUGUGUUUCUCUCUUUUCUUUUUCAGAAACGACUAAAAGCAGCAGAGGCAGACAGCAAGCUGAAGCAGGUGUACAUCCCCACAUAGUGAGUGUUCCUUUGACCUGAAACCAAAACACACUCUCCUCCUUUUAAACAGAGCUGUCAGAAUAACUGUCUGUCCUCUCCUCUCAGCACCAAACCAAACCCAAACCAGAUCAUGGUCCCGGGCAGUAAACCCGGGAUGAACGGAGCUGCAGGCUUCCAGAAAGGACUCAGCUGUGAGGGCUGCCACAGUAAGUACAUACGGUCUUAGUUCCCACUAAGAGAUCCCCUUCAUGAGGUGGUCUCAGCUCUUUUCUGAUUGAACCCUUGAGUGAAUUGUUUCAGUCAAAACACAAUCAACCAGCAACCGAAACAAAAACAAAGGCCAGCAUGGCUCAUCAACACGGCAGUAAUACCAGCAGUGAUAGAGCUGAUAGGCAGUUACUGUAAUGACCGAUGGUUAGUGUAGGAACAGCAACAGAAGAGCUGGGGAUUCAACAGCUGGUUUAGUUCAGAGAGUUUUUCCUGAUCCUCACCGGGCCCUACACUUUAACUGAGCUUGUCUGGUACUUUUAAACUGUACAUGUAUGGAAGCCUGUAAGUGUCAGAAGUGUACCCCUUAAACCAAUUUAGCAUAAUUUAAGGCCUUUGAAAUGUAUGAAGAUUAUCUCCAACACCAUCUUACAAAGCAUUAAAUUUAACUUUGUGAGCUGAUUUAGAGUUUGUCUCUAAACUUUGAGUUCAUACUGGAGAAAUUAAGUUUUUUUAAUGUUUUGAGUUAGCCUGAGUUUGUGUAACCAUCACAGGUUGAGCGUGUUCCGUAUUUGCUCCGUAGAGCAGUGCUGGGUAACGCAUACAGGAUGAGUAUUUGGAGUGUGGCAGCAGUGUAGUGCAUCCCCGAUCAGCUGGGCUCAGAAUAGAGGAGACAACAUGCUCACAACAGAUUGUUUUGCCUUCCUGAGGUCCAUUUCCUGCUAAUCUGGAGAUUAUUCAGUGACCAUUAAGCCUCCACUAUAUGUGAAAAAGCAACGUGAUUUUACAGUUUCAGUUUUUGCCGGUGUACUCAUGUUUAAUAAAGUAAACUAUGUUCCUUUAUGCUGUGCUGUUACCUUCAGACAGAGUUAGCAGUUAAAAGUCCUGUUGGGGUCCACAUGGAUCAGGGAUUGACCAUCGGAUUGUUCUGUGUUACUGAUUGAUCCAGAACCAGGAAGUAUUUCUCAUCUGCACAAACUGAUACACAGUUGAGAGUCCGCUUAUGGUGUUUUAUUUUGAAAUAUAUGUGCGGUUUUCAUGCUUGACUUCCUGUCUGGAACGAUCUUCUCUGUGUGGAUUGACAUGCAUUAGAAGCGUAGAGAAGCAAAUAAAGACUCAUCACGUAUCUUUAGCAGUACUGCUCUCGAUAUGAUGCUGCGACUGAGCUGAUGCGCAUCCUGUUUGCUUUAGCCUUAACACUUGAACCUUUCUAAUACAGCCGUGGGAGUUUUCUUGUUCUUCUUCUAGUAAAUUAUCUUGUACAUCUGCUAUGUUUUGUAAAGGAUCAUGAUCUUGUGCUCACAAGUUAUUACCUUGUGUGAAGUAGUGAAUCAUAUGUCUCAGAAAAUAUUUUCAUAUUGUGGGGUCAAGUCAGUAUCCUGAGUGCACAUGAUGUUACCCUCCGUAUACAAGUGAUGAUCUAAAACUGCCGUCAGAGUUUCUUGGCUGUUAUGUGACACUAAAAAACAAAGUGAUUAAAGCUCCUUAUUCACGCUCAGACAUGCUCGACUUCCUCACUGCUCCAAGCUGACCCUCGACUCAGAUAUUACAGAUUAAUUAUUCAGCGUUAAUUUGAGUUUUAAAGCUAAUGAAAAUGUUUUUUCUAUGAAAGGAGGAAAAUCCUGAAACGUCGAUCUCUAUCACUUCACUUCUGUUAACUAAACAUGUCUCUCCUCUCCCCCCUCAGCGGCUCAGUCUCCUCAGUGGUACGCCUGGGGCCCGUCCAACAUGCAGUGCAGACUGUGCGCCUCCUGCUGGAUCUACUGGAAGAAAUAUGGAGGCCUGAAGACCCCCACACAGCUAGAGGGCGCUGCUCGAGCUGGCUCUGUGAGUCCCUGAUAUUCAGUCUCAUCUGGAGGGUUUGUUUUUGUAGAGAGGUCAGUCGGAGUGUUUUACAUCCUCUUUAACCCUCUGCACAGGAGUCAGGCCCCCGCGGUCACAUGACCCGUCAGGAGGUCCAGGGCUUGUCUCCGUUCACUCGCAACGAGGGGCGGGCCAAGCUGCUCGCUAAGAACCGGCAGACAUUCAUCCUGCAGACCACCAAGCUGACCCGCAUCGCCAGGCGGGUGUGUGAGGACAUCCUGCAGCCACGCCGUGCUGCACGCCGACCCUACGCCUCCAUCAACGCCAAUGCGGUCAAGGCGGAGUGUAUGUACACACAACAUCUAAACCUUUGUAGAACAACAUGUACAGCAUUCAGAGUGUGUUUUUAAAAAUGUGUGUGUGUCCUCAGGUAUGAUCCGUCUGCCCAAAGCCACAAAAACUCCUCUGAAGAGUAAACUGAUCCCUCGUCAGUCUCUCGCCACCAUUGUGAAGGAUUUAGGUGAGAACAGCUCAUGUGACAUCACUGCCCUGACCUCUUUCCUACACUCUGAUUGGUCGCUGAGUUUUGUCGUCUGUGUGUCUUUGCAGCUGUCUCCGCUCCCCUCAAACUGAAGGCGUCUCGAGGACCGUCAACUCCCAUCAACAGGAACCAGGCCAGUCAGCCCAGAGUGGGGCAAAGCCUUCUGGGAAAGAGAGGCUUUGACAGCGUCAGUAAACACACGCGUUAAUGACAGAUCUGGUUUUGUCUGCGUCUGAACUCGCACAGCUUCCUUCAAGAAAAACAGGGUGAGAGUUUGAUCCCAUCUAAUCUUAAACUUUCCUGCUCUCUGAUUGGACCACAGGCCCCCGGUGUUCCCUAUCCAGCCAAUGGGAGGCCGUACACUUCAGGUAUGAGGACUACCUCUCAGUCGGUCAUCAAGAGGCAGAAGGUCAGUCAGGGGGAGGCUCCAAACCCCGUGGUGUUUGUGGCCACAAAAGACACCAGGUACGUUCGACCCUCUGCUCUUCAAACAUGAAUUCUCUUUUAUAGCUCGAAUUAUUUUGGUGUGAAAUGUGAAUCAAAAUUUAGUGGUUUGCAAAAUGGUGUCCUGACUUAGUUGGAGUUUGGUUGGUACAGAUAAGAAACAUCUGGAAUAAAGUCUUAAUGAUUUUAAAGUCCAGAUUAUAGUUAAGUGUGACUCGGUUUGUAGAGCAUCAGGGUAACACCUUUGAAUACUGGACUGUAGUGGGACUCAUAGAUGUAUUUCUGGUUCUCUCACCUCUUCAGGGCUCUGAGAAAACACCUGAGUCAGUCCGAGAUGCGUCGGGCGGCGAGGAAGCCUCACCUGCUGGUCCGGAUCAAGCUGCCCCCUCCCCCUCGCUCCCUGGCCAUGCCCCUGCUCCCCUCCAGCACCAGCGAACCAAUCGUCCUGGAGGACUGAAGAGGAGGGACAUUAAAGGGGGGGGCGGGGCUUCUUCAGGACAUGGGGAGGGUGGGUGGGAGUUGGUGGGGAGGGGUCUGUGCUCAGGCUGUCACAUAGCAGGCAGCACAGUCCACCAUACCUGUAGUCUUUAUUUCCUCUUUUCAGUGUCAUUUUACUUUAGUCCUCUGUUACUGCGCACAGGCUGACACACACAAACACACACACAGACUCGCACACACAAGCACUUAGACGACCUGACAUUUACACACACUCACACACACACACUUGCCUGCACACACUCAGCCUGCUGCGCUCUGUAGUAUUUUAUCCACCUCCUGAGUUCUUUUCCUCCUUUUCAGCGCUGCCUGUUUUUUAAAUGUGUAACUUAAAUCAAGAUUUUUCUCCUCCUGAGUCGACGGUGAUAAAGCACACUUUGUUUUUUCCUCCACGUCUUGAUCUUUGUGUAAAUAUAUGCACCGUGUAGUGGGGGGGUGACACCCACAAACAGUGUGUGAGACAGCUGUAGCAGGAGAGAGACCUGAUUGGCUAAGAGACUUCACUCGUACGCUCGUCUACUCAAAUCCAGCAGGAGAACAUCCGCCUGAUGCUCAGUGGGCGUGAUGACAACUCCUCGACUUGUUAGAUAUCCCUGCUCACAAUCAGCAGUCUGACACAGGGGGUUUUUCAGGGGUUAGUGAAUCCUGACAGGUUGCUUUCUUUCCGUUUGAUCUGUUCUAUGGAAGCCUGGAAGUGUCAAAAAUUCAACCUGCGCACAAAACAACUUUAGAAGAGAGCAAAAACAGAAAAAACAACUGCAGAACAAAAAGUUUAGUUUUGAUUCUGAUGAAGUAUGAAGGAGCAGUCAGGCUUUUGUUUACUCACUGCGGUCAAAUCUGCAGGCAGCGUUUCUCAUACAUCUUUUCAUCUAGAAAACACCUCCUUUGUCCAGUUAAAUUGUUCCCAGUCUAAAAGUUUCCCCUUUAGUCUUAAAACAUGUCAGUAAUAAUUCUUAGAUUUCCCGUUCAGACUAACAUGUACAACAGAACUAACCAGCUAUUAAAUCAGCUGCAGCAUCAGCAGUGCUCAACGCAGCCCCUGGGGUCCAAAACGUGACAAAUGAGUCAGACAUCUUAAAUGUAGUAUGAUUAUCUUUGGAAAGAGGCAGUUAUCUCAUGCACACAAGAUAGUGAGAACAAGAUAUCUUAUCAGAACGAGUAAAUCAUCUGGCGUACAUGAUAUGAUUUUCUUCAGAAAAAAGUGACUAUCUUGCAUGCACAAGAUAUUAAAUUGUGCACAUAGGUUAAUAUCUUGUUGGAACAAGUGAAUUAUUUUGCAGGAACUGGUUCAUUAUUUCACACAAGAUAUAAAGUUGGGCGCAAAAGUUAUUACAUUGUUUCAAUAAGUGAAUAUGUUGUACAAGAUAUUAUCUUGUGCAUGCAAUAUAGCUUUCCUAUGGGAACCAGUUUGAUGUUGUUACCAUAGUUCCUCAAAGUUGAAGUACUAACUCUCUGCACACCACUUGUUAGUUUGUGCACAUAAGAUUGUCACUUUUUGGACUCUGUGGUGCUCAGAUCAGAAGCGAAGUGCAGUAUAACAUCAUAAAACAUCAGUGAAGAAUGCAGGUUGGCGUAUUCUAGGUCAAAGGUCAUAUUCUAACUUGAUUUCGGAAUUUGCGUGAUGCCUAAAAAAAGCCUAUAAAUAUUUGGUUAAUCGAGAAGUAUUUCAGCAGAGACCACCAAACCAAACUUGUCUCCUCUUCUUGAAGACCGGACAAAUCCUAAAUUAAGGCUUUUUGCUCAUGAGCAUCCUGAUGUCAUAGUUUCAUCCUGCCCUUAACUCGGUCAAAUCUGAUAAUUUUGGCUGCGUAGAGCUGAAGGACACCGAUUCCAGCUGACCUUAGUGAGAUUUGUUAGACGCAGUGAAACUGAGACUCAAACUGGUGUCCCACUGAGAAAUCGUGGUCCCGCUUUUAGCUGGCAGGUCAUCAGACUUAGACCUGUUCAUCGAGACACCGUUUUUGUCAAGGAGGAGAAAGAGUCCAGGUGAAACGUUUGAGCUGGAUCAUUCAGGAUUUAUCCGUUUGUGUUUGUUAAACUGAAUCCGGAAUUCUUCUCCAGUUGUAGGUGCUUUAAUCCAGUUUUUAUAACAAUGAUAGUUUCGUCUGUAAGAACCUUCCAUACCUGCUCCACCCUAACAUCACCUUUUUUACAGACCUGAGUGAGAGUUGAACGUGUUCCAGUCUUUCCUCUCCUGUUGCUGUAUUUCAGCUCUUUUCUUACCACUUUUAGCCGUUCAAGAGGCUUUUAAUCUUGCGCUACAAUGUUCUAAUAGCUGUCAAAAAUCACAGGUGGAGCAUCAAAUCAUUCAGAGUUUGUAGUUUUACAGCGUAAGAAGGAAAUGUAGUGGAUGAUGGAACUCGUUUGGCUUUGAGGAGCUUUGAGUCUCUGAAAGUCCAAAAUGAAGCCAUAAUGUGGAAAACUAAGUGAUGUUGAAGUGAAGCUGCAGCGUUUCUGGCGAUGUACUGUUUGCUCUGUGAGGAUGAAACUGACUUUAUGUGAGUGGUCCGUUUUUAAAAAAUACAAGUGUUAAAAAAGCAGCAAUACAUACAUGUAUGGAAGGACAUUAGGGCCAAAAAUCAAGUUCUGGAAAACAUGUUUCAAAGUGCAAAAAAAAGUCAAAGGUUGUACGAACUUGUUCAGAGCUGUUUUGAAAGGCCGUGAUGAAAGUUUGUCGAUUGGGUUUGAAAUCGAUGUGAAAGUUCAGCUGUCUCUACGUUUUUUAUUUUCUUCCUGUUUGUACCGUUCUGAAAGGGCGAGCACUAAAAACUAAAUAAAUUGGUGAUUAUGAUUCCUCUGUUUCCCUGCAGAAUCCAGGGGUAACUCUGGUUUUAUAAAAGAGUUUGGUCCCAAUGUGGGCUUUGUAAUAUUUCUCAAAAAGAAGAAAUUGAAGUGUGGAGUUUGUAGCAAAUACUAAUCUGUGUAAAGAAAAAGAAGAAAAGCGGCGUAUUUUAAACUUUUUUACAUCUAAAUUGUGUAAUUCUGCUCCAGUGCUGUGGAGGCGGCUCUAACAGAUGAUGUACAUGUGAAACAGUGCUCUCCUUCAUCAUGUGGGUGGGAGUGGGGGACGGGAUGGGGGUUUAGGUUGGGUGGGGGUCGUUUCAAAAGGGACGGGGGCUGACUUUUGUAUGACGGAGAGACAAACAUGCUACAACUGAAACUUUUUCUCAAGUGUUUUUUAUUCCGAUGUCUCUGUAUCCUUUAAUGUAUCUUGAUAAGAAAAGAAAUAAAGAUUUUUUUUUUCUUCGUGGUCAGUCACGAGCUCUUUUUGUUUUCAUUAAACCCCAACUUU